AUGGGUGCUCUGCAAAUCACUAUUAAAACACUCCAACAAAAACAAUUCAAGCUUGAUGUUGAUACAUCCGAUUCCAUCCUUUCUGUUAAAGAGAAGAUUGAACAAUCUCAGGGACACCCUGUUGCUCAACAAAAGCUCAUCUUUUCUGGCAAGAUUCUCGUAGAUGAUAAAAAGGUGGAAGAAUACAAUAUCAGUGAGAAGGAUUUCUUGGUGGUGAUGGUCUCAAAGCCCAAGGCCACUACCUCUGCUGCUAGUACACCCAAGGUUGCCACUCCUACAGAGGCGAAACCUCAAGAAGCUACCCCUGCCCCUGCCCCUGCUGCCGCCGCUGCUGCUGCUGCUGCCCCAGUUGCUGUUCCAGAAGCUCCUGUCCCAGAAGCUCCUGCCCCCACUACUGAGUCUCCCUCAGCUCAACCUGAGAAUACUGACACCUCAUUAGUGACAGGAUCUCAACUUGAUAGCGUCAUUCAAAAUUUGAUGGAAAUGGGCUUUGAGCGUGAACAGUGUGUCCGUGCUCUUCGCGCUAGUUUCAACAACCCUGAUAGAGCUGUUGAAUAUUUGUUCAAUGGUAUUCCUCAACACAUCUUGGAUGAAAUGAACGCCAAUCAACAAGCUCAACAAGAACCUGCCGCUGCUGCUGCUACUGCCGGCGCUACUUCUCCCUCUGCCGCACAAGCUACUUCUCCUACAACAGACAAUGCUUCAGGUGCUCCACUCAACUUAUUCGCUGCUGCUCAACAACAAGCCCAGCAACAACAGCAACAACAGCAAUCUGCUGGUGGAAACACUGACUUUUCUGGUUUGAGAAACACACCUCAUUUUCAACAAAUUCGUCAAUUGGUGCAAUCAAAUCCUGCUUUGCUCCAACCUUUACUUCAACAAUUAGGUCAAUCAAAUCCCGAACUUCUUAGAUCCAUCAACGCUGAUCCUAAUGGAUUUUUACAGACCUUGUUGGAAGGUGCUGAGGAUGAGGAGGGCGCUCCACCUGGAUCAUCCAUGAUUCAAGUGACUCAAGAGGAGAAGGAUGCUAUUGAUAGAUUGAUGGCUCUUGGAUUCCCAAGACACCAAGUCAUCGAAGCUUACUUUGCUUGUGAUAAGAACGAAGAGUUAGCAGCAAAUUACUUGUUUGAACAGCCAUUUGGCGAUGAUGAGGAAUAA